AUGGAGCGGAGACGUCGGUGGGGUGGCAGGCUGGCCGACAGCCCCGACGAUCCGAUGCUGCGGAACAAAGGGUGGGGGGUGGAGGGUGACCGAGGGUGUCAUCUCUUCACCCGUCCUCUUGAACAUUACAUCUGCUACUCUCUCCUCCUCCCCCUCUUAGAGGUGCCUCCAGCAGUCAUCAGAUCUGUCCCCCCGUUCAAACUGCCAGUGUCGGGAAGGCUGGCACAUUCUCCCUUGUUACAGGUGGAGGUAGAUGGGAGUCUGUGUUUAAUGGUAUUGGAUGGGGUAAAACAUUUCACUUGGUAAGAUGACCACCUCUGGUUGAUAUGCUCUGUGAAGACCUCUUGUUAGACUUUUCCUAAAUGUACUUAGUUUUUAAAAAAUCCUGAAGUCACUUCACCAAUGUCCGGAUAGGUCAUAAACAUCCCGUUCAACAAGGCACCCUAUAAGUAGACAGUGGAUACACAUUUACAGAGUUAACACAGAGCACAAGAGGUUGGUGGCACCUUAAUUGAGGACGGGCUCAUGGUAAUGGUUAGAGCGGAAUUAGUGGAAUGCUAUCAAAUACAUCAAACAUAUGGUUUCCAUGUGUUUGAAGCCAUUCCAUUUGCUCCGUUCAAGUCAUUAUUAUGAGCCGUCCUCCCCUCAGCAGUCUCCACUGACAGUUAUUCAGAGUUAAGUCAUCAAAGCUAUGGUAUUGCACUACAGCCAAAGAAAACAGUCCAUGUCCAAGAAAUCAAGGUGACAUAAUAAAGUAGUUGUGAAACAGAGGAGGCUGGUGGGAGGAGCUAUAGGAUGACGGGCUCAUUGUAAUGUCUGGAAUGGAAUGAAUGGAAGGGUAUCCGUUCUUUUAAUUCCAUUCCAGCCAUUACAAUGAGCCUGUCCUCCUAUAGCUCCUCCCACCAACCUCCACUGUUGUGAAAAGACUGAAUAAUAAACACAGAAAGAGGAAAGGACAGUCAAAGAGAAAACAGUGAGUGCAGUGCAAUGAUUGUGUACAAUAGCUAAUUAAUGGUAAGAAGUACUACACUUCUACAAAGAAUACGUGAAAGCCACUCACAGGGUCAGUUGUACUCUCUGUGUUCUCCUCAGUCUUCAACUUCAGGAAUUAGCUGGCUUUGAUUGAAUAUCCAUUCAUUGUUAAUGCAGCAGUCUGGUCCUCCUGUCCACAUCAUCAUCAGCAAUGCCUUGCCCCCAUUUCUGGAUCCAUUGUCUGUCUGUCUGCUGUCUACUCUACUCUCUCCACUCUCCUUAUCUAGUCUCAGUCUCCUCUGCACCCUUCACACCCACAUAUCUCUCUACCUUUCAUCCGGUGGCCCUCUGACAUGAAAGGUGGUCGAGACUGCCUCACUUCUCUCUUUCAUUUUAGUCUCGCCAUCAAUUAUGAAUGAAUGGCUCUCUGAAGAGCAAGAGCCAGCAUCGUACCCAUACUGAUAAUUUAGCUUAGGUGAAUUUAUAGAUGCCUGAGCUCAAUGCAGUGACCUUUGUAGGCAGGUAGCCUAUAGCGGGUUAGAGCGUUGGGGCAGUAACCGAAAGGUCGCUGGUCAGAAUCCCCGAGCCGGCAAGGUUAAAAAAUCUACCGUUCUGUCCUUGAGCAAGGCAGUUAACCCCCAACAACUGCUCCCCGGGCGCCGAUGACGUAGUGUCGAUUAAAGCAGCCGCCCGUACAUCUCUGAUUCAGAGGGGUUAAAUGCGGAAGACACAUUUCGGUUGAAUGCAUUCAGUUGUGCAACUGACUAGGUAUCCCCAUUCCCUUUCCAUCUGUUAAAUCUUCAAGAUUGAAAGCAGCUCUUUGGGGUAGAGUUGUAUUGGUAUCCGCAGUAUUUUGCACCGUAUGAUUAAUUGACAAAGGUAGAAAAUAAUAUCUCCCUCUGUGUCAGAUUCCAUGUGGUGGGGUCGCCACGAUUUGCAAAUCCACCUCACCUCCUCUAUCUCGAGGUCUCCCUAUUGUUUUGCCAGAUAACCUUUCAUAACCCUUCAAGCGCAUUGUAGUUCUGAAUUUUAACUCGUGGCGGCGCUACUCGCCCAAACGUAAACAUGAGACGCACAAAUAAUCUGUGCGGCCUCUUUUAUAUGAACUGUAAGCGGAAGUACUUCAUAUAGAGACCAGAACGAUAGAGUACAGAACGGUAAGUGUUAUGUGUCUGUUUCACUACAAUUAUUUUCUGGGUGACAUUGGCACGUAAUGGCAGUAGUUUUUCUCCGGUUUGUGGAUGUGGGCGUUUUAUAAUGGGAGGACAUAGGCGCGAGGAAGGAGAAGGAAGACGCGGGCAAAGUCACACGGAGGUUAUUCGAAGAAAAAGCUGAGCCCAGUUCGUAAAUACGCACACAGUGGUUGCGAAACACGACGCCGUUCUAUUGGAUGGUCAAGCCACUAGAAAAAUAACUAUCUACAAACUCUUUGUGGCGGUUUAUUGCCCCUCCCCGUAUCAGCAGUUGUCAGUGAAGUUUGCUUGCUAGCUAGUGUAGUGUAUGGAAAUUAUGACUGUUUUAAAUGUUUUUCAUGAAGAAAUGGAAUGUUGGUUAUGUUAGUAUCAAAAGGCAAUGUUUAGUAUAAUGUAACAUAUAAUAGACAGGAAGUGUAUUGUAAACUGGCCAGAAGAGGGAGCCCAUCUUGUUGCAUUGGUUAUAAAUAGGGGUACACGAAGAAGAUAGGACAGAGCAGACAUUAGAAUUGGAGGACACUGCUCUCCGGACCUUGCAAGUCUGUUACUCAUGCUGAAGCUUGUGAUCUGAAUAAACCUUAUGAUCAACGUUCAGUAUGAGCAGACUCCUUUUGUUCAUCAGCAAGGACGACCACCAUUCAUCAUAUACGACACUAGGAAUCUGUUUGAAUCUAGUUCCUUGCUGUUCGUGUUAUCCAUAGCCACUAAGCCAGCCAUCUCUCACACACACCUACAUGUUACUGUAUGGUGGUAAACAAGAAUGUCUUGCAUAGGUGUCCUCCCCCUGAUGUCACAGUCCAACCAUAGUAGCUCUGCCUGAGUAGUGGCCCUGUUUUAUGGUGCCAUGAAAUUACAUUUAUUGAUCAGUCUUCCGUUCUCUUCCCCAAUUAUGUCUUCUUUCAGAUGGCUCACCGGCUGCUAGUCCGUAGAAUUUGGACCCUCUCUGUUAAAGACUUCCGCUGUCUCCCGGCCUCCACCUCCUCCUUCUCUACCUCCCUGCGUUCCUCCACUGCCCCUCUACCCUUCCUUUCCCCCAAACGCACUCUGUUCCGCUCCCUGCCCCACACUUCCCGCAGAGAGGUCUCCUUCAACGUGCAGGACCAUGAGGACUUCACAGAGAGAGUCAUCAACAGUGAGCUGCCUGUGCUCAUUGACUUCCAUGCCCAGUGA